CCGAUGUUGUUCAUAGCGCUGACAGCGGUCGGUCAGAGAACAACGUAUUGCUCAAUACACAAAGCAAUUAAAACAAACGGAAAAAAGUACCGCGCAGUCGGGAGUCCCCUACACAGUGGAGAAAGACGUCAUUGGUUUGAAAUUUGGCAAACGGCGUAGCAACAACAAACAAAUGGAUACACACACAUACUAAACCAGCAGCACACAAUUAUAUGAAGCAACAACCAGUAACAUCUGUAGUAUAUCAACUAAAAAAAAAACAACACAUACGAAGAAGUGAUCAAAGCGGAAUACGAGUUUGGCGAUCGGUGAUUUUUUUCGUCUGCGAUUAGCAUUGGAAAGAAACAGUAAUUCACACUCACGCUUACACACCAACAAAAUACAAACAUAAACAUACGCACAAUGGGCGUGAGAGUUAUUGAGGCGGAUUCGGCUAGUGAUUCGUAUGAUGACGAUGAAUGUCCGACAUGCAAAGCGGAGAACAAAACCAAAACAAGUCAUCCCAAGCGAGCAACAACGGAAGCCAGCAGCACGCUCUACGCUAGUAGGGAUUUAGUGGGCAACUGCAAGGAGUAUCGUAUCGAGAAUAAUUGCCGGGAUUUACGCAUUAUUGGCAAUGGCAAUCGGGUGCGCAUCGUUAACAAUUCGGGCAACCUGCAGAUCAUUGGUAACACAACCAGACUGAAGAUACAGCAUAACAGUGGACACAUCAAGUACACUGGCAAUGAUGGACGUAUCUAUUUGGGCAGCGAUUCUCAGCAACAGAACGUAGACUACAUCGGCUGCAAUGGACUGCUCAAGGUUGUUAAGUCCCUGGAAUUGAACAGCAACAAGUCCAGCAAGCGAGCCCGGGGACAGAAAGCUCCUCAAGCUGAUACAGCCCAGUCUAACAACUGUCAUAAGAUGGGCGUUGAAAUUGAUAACAACGUCAGUAUUGUAAAUGGAGUGUCGGGCAGUAUUGUGAUCAAGAAUGCAAUUAAUGUGAGCAUAUAAACGCUCGCCGUGUAUCUCAAACCCAAAGUCUUAGCUUAAUAACUUGCCCCUUGGAUUACGCAUGGUUCCUAUUGAUAUAUAGUCUUUAGCAUUAGCUAUAUACUUUUUGACUGCUCAACAUUCUACAAUGUCAUCAGGCACUGCAAAGUAUUAUAUGCCACUUAAUGAGUGAGCAAAUGUUCACAAAAUUAUCAUCGUAUAAGUAGUUAAUAUAAUAAAUGAGUAUUUAUAGUAUUUAUAUAGCAACAAAAAUCCACAGUAAACAAAUGUAAAUUGUACAUUGAAAGCAAAUCAUUCCAUGAAUGACCUAUGCAAUCCAUUAUUAAAUACAAAUAUGUACUACU